AUUUGCAUUCCUUUUUUUUCAGUCGUGCAGAAUUUGCUUUGUUUGAAGAAAGUUUAUUUGCAGUUUUAAUGUAACUGUAGCAAUCCAAACGGAAUAUAACAGUGAUGCAUAUAAGAUUAGAGAUGACUUUUGCUCCGAUGUCCGUCUGUACUUUAAUUAUUUUGUGUACGACCCUUUGCGCUACUUUCCCUAGUAAUGUAACGACUACAAUCAGUUAUGCAGAAUUUACUAACCAAACGGUUCCUCAAUAUUACGGAUCUGAUGAUAACGUUCACAAUGACAGCUUCAAAAACACAUCGAGACCGAAUAAAAAUACUAAAACCCCAAAGGUGACUACUAUUUUGAGUUUGAAAACGGAGAACUUGGACGACUAUACUGAUAAAAAUCUUGAGAAAACUAUUUUGAGUAGAAGCCGUGAUGAAAACCUCUCGGAUCUUGAUUGUCCCCCCCUGGGUUUGGAGUCUCUGCGGGUGGAUGACAGCCAGCUCCAGGCCUCCUCCUUUCUGCGAAUUGGGCUCGGUCCACACCGAGGUCGACUGAACAUCCAGUCUGGCCUUGAGGACGGGGACCUGCACGACGGUGCCUGGUGUGCCCAGUAUGAGGACCAGAACCAGUGGCUGGAGCUGGACGCACAGCGGCCCACCCUCUUUACUGGGGUGAUCCUGCAGGGCAGGAAUUCCAUAUGGAGCCAAGACUGGGUUCAUACAUAUAAAGUGCAGCUGAGCAAUGACUCCCUCCGGUGGACGGCCUGCAUGAAUGGGACAGACGAGGCUGUCUUUGAAGGUAACCAGGAUUCAGAGACGCCCGUGCUGGCCCUGCUCCCUGUGCCAACGGUAGCCCGCUAUCUCCGCAUCAACCCCCAAAGCUGGUUCAUCAAUGGCACCAUAUGCCUGCGGGCUGAAGUACUGGGCUGCUCCCUGCCAGAGCCCAACUUACGGGAAGAGGAAUCUGGAUCGGCGGACGAUCUGGAUUUCAGACAUCACAACUACAAGGAAAUGAGGAAGUUCAUGAAGGCGGUGACUGAGGAGUGUCCUGACAUUACGCGCAUGUACAGUAUCGGCAAGAGCUAUACAGGCCUCAAGCUGUACGUCUUGGAGAUCUCAGACAAUCCUGGCCAGCAUGAGUUAGGUGAACCAGAGUUCCGCUACGUGGCCGGGAUGCAUGGCAACGAGGCCCUCGGCCGAGAGCUCCUCCUCAAUCUGAUGCAGUACCUCUGCAGGGAAUAUAAAAACGGCAGGGAACGUGUCGUGCGCUUAGUGAAGGAGACACGCAUCCACCUGCUGCCGUCUAUGAAUCCUGAUGGUCACGAGGAAGCAUAUAGCAAGGGGUCGGAGCUCUCCGGCUGGGCCCUGGGCCGGUACAGUUAUGAGGGCAUCGACAUGAACCACAACUUUGCAGACCUGAAUAACAUCAUGUGGGACGCCCAGGAGAAGGAGAAGGACAAGUCAAAAGUCAGCAACCACUACAUCCCCAUUCCUGAGUACUACACGUCAGAAGAUGCUUUUGUCGCCCCAGAGACCCGUGCAGUCAUCAGCUGGAUGCAGGAUAUCCCCUUUGUGCUGAGCGCCAACCUGCAUGGGGGUGAGAUGGUAGUCACCUACCCCUUUGACUGCACCCGGCACUGGAUCCCCCAGGAGAACACGCCCACGGCCGAUGAUGGCUUCUUCCGCUGGCUGGCCUCAGUCUACGCCAGCACCAACCGGGCAAUGGCCAAUCCUGAGCGCCGCAUCUGCCACUAUGAGGAUUUCCAGCAGCACAACAACAUCAUCAACGGCGCAGACUGGCACACUUUACCUGGCAGUAUGAAUGACUUCAGCUACCUGCACACCAACUGCUUCGAGGUGACAGUAGAGCUAUCCUGUGACAAGUUCCCCCACGCCAGUGAGCUUCCUCAUGAAUGGGAGAACAACAAGGAAUCCCUGUUACUCUACAUGGAGCAGGUUCACCGGGGAAUUAAAGGUGUGGUGAGAGAUAAGAAUACAGGUGCUGGAAUAGCAGAUGCUGUAAUCAAAGUGGAAGACCUGGACCAUGAUAUAAGAUCAGCCUUAGAUGGAGACUACUGGCGUCUGCUAAAUCCUGGCCAGUACAAGGUGACGGUGCACGCAGAGGGCUAUUUCCCUUCUGUGCGCAGGUGUUAUGUGGGAAAUGAGCCCCGUCCUACCGUCUAUGACUUCUGGUUGAUCAAGACACCUCGACAAAAGCUGCGCGAGAUCCUAGCUAAGGAUAAAAAGGUGCCUAAAGACUUGCAGCUGCGGCUGCGCACCCUGCGUCUGCGCAAGCUGCGUGUGAGCACCAAGGCCAUCAACCACCGAAGAGCCCAGCAACAAAAAUCCAGGACAGUGCAGCACUAAUGUAAUUGCAGUUUGGCUUGGUAGGCCUGCCUGACACUACAUAACACUGGUUUGGCUUGGUAGGCCUGUCUGACAUGGUAACACUGUGGUUUGGCUUGGUAGGCCUGUCUGACAUGGUAACACUGUGGUUUGAUUUGGUAGGCCUGCCUGACACUGUGUAAUACUGCGGUUUGGCUUGGAAGGCCUGCCUUUCACUGUGUAACACCAGAUUCAAAACUGGGGGUAAUUGAAUGACUAAAUACAGGACUGUAGGCUAGCACUUCUCAAAUUAAACUACUCUUUCAAUAAUGAGGAGCAAAGUCUACCCAUCUCUUAGCAAAAGCUCUUGUGUAUAUAAAUUAUUGCAUAAUUUGUGCACAAAAAAAUCAACAAUAGCUUUAGUGGUGUCAUGGAUAGAUAUGCUGCUGUUUGUUUAAAGUUUGAUCAUUUCUACAAAGAUUGUCCGGACUCAAAAUCUUGGCAUUUUACAAUAUAUGUUGUCCCAUAAAUGUUGGAAACCGUAUAAUUUGUAAAAAAAAGUUGCAGUUGAAAAACUUAAUGAAGGAAAAUUUUAUGGUUGAAUUUAAUGAAUCCUUUCCUUUGUGCUUCAGAACAUUUUAUAUGUUGUAGUGAGUGUGUAGGUCAUUUUAAUA